UGCGCGGCCUGGAUUUCAGUACGACAAAUAAAUCGCCCAUAACUCACUCGUAACCCACUCGCUCCCAUCUACAUCUGAUACCAAAGAUGACAUCCCUCGUCUCCACAGAUAGUUCUGCACCUAGCCUGUCAUCGUUGGCCCCUGACAUCACUGACGUGCUCACUGGUGUUCGGUACAUCAUGGAAACAUCUGUUGCACAGGACGCCAAGCUUUUGGACAUCAUUUCCAUCCUGACCACUCAAGCCGCGCAAAUAAAGGAAAGAGAUCAAUCAAUCAUGAUCAUGCAGACGAAGCUGGACUCGCAGCAGGCCAUCAUAGAGGAAAUUCGCUCGGAACAGCGACGACGAACAUCAGCCGUCGCAUCUUUCCUGGAAAGCAACGCGCAACCUGCGCAAGAACCUUCAGUACUACUUUCCCCGCCUGUCGUCCGGGAAACACCAGAGCCUGUGACACCCGCUUCAAACCCAGAAAAGUUGCGAAGCGCUAUCGCAGUGCCAAAGCUACCUACCUUUCAGGCAACUCCUACACCCACAUUCGACACUUCAUCAGACACCAUCCUUGGCGCGCACGCCAACGUGAAGACUGCCACUGCUGGUGACCCAUGGAAGGCUCCCAAGCAUUACAUCAAAACACAACGGGGUGGCCAACUCCGGCGCCAGGGUGCUUUCUAUGGUACUCCAGACUGGAGCACUAUGACAGCAGUUUCUGGUGGUAUACCUGAUACUGGCGCACCUCCUCCCUCUCCUCCAGCGAGCCCUGUGAUCCAAGAGGAAGUCGUCCCUGCAGCGGGGAAUUCUCGCGCAGAUGUGCACGAAAGGGUGGAAGCUGCGCAGGAGGCAGACGCUGCUGCUGAAGCCAUGAAGGCUACAGCAAGCAAUGAUGGCGGGAGGACCUCCGACGCCUCUUCCCGUAUCUCCUGCAAGCGUUGCCGAGACCCUGGUGAACAAGAGGCACGCAAGACCUUCAAUCCUAUGGAUUUAUCUAGGAUGGUUCAUGCUGCACCCGAUUGGUCUUCUCCCUCCUUGUUCUCUUGUUCCACAGGACCUAGUCCUGCUCGGGGCGAUGACUCCAAUCCCGAUGGUCCCCCGAAGCGCAGACGUCUGUCUCAAGAUAUCGUUGGAUCUGACGCGGUUUCCGACACCAAACGCCCAACCCGCAAAAGUCCGCGCCGUGUGAUACCCAGUUGAUAUCCGAAUUUCAACUUACAUACCUCUUGUGUAUCGUGUACAUUAUUACCAUCUACCGAAGACCCAGGGAUGAGCGGUUUGGUUGUAUUUUUUGUUUGAAUACCACAUCGACAUUGGUGAACGCUUUCUAAAUGAUGCAG